CCGUCUGCUGUGAAGCCUGCUCUCACACAAUAGCAAUGGAGAUGGACAAGUGGUCGAAUCUCGGGAAGGUCGCGGCAACCACAGUUUUCGUGGGAACAAUCGUCGGGCAGUACCUCCCUCCCGAGCUCUAUGAAUAUUUCAGAGAGCAACGGCGCAGGCUUUCACGAUUUCUGUCUCCCUACAUCACUCUGGUGAUUGAGGAGAUCUCAGGGUUCAAAGUCAGCGAUCUUUACGAAUCGGUGCAGAUUUAUCUGAGCACACGAUCCAUUUCCACGGCCACCAGAUUGAAGGUCAGCAAGGCCAAAAAAGACAAGGCCUUUACCUUCGCCAUGGACACCAGCCAACAAAUCAUGGACGAGUUUCACGGAGUCAAAGUCUGGUGGACUUUGCGCACAGAGGUAAAGCCGCCUUCCUUGUUGAACGUCUUCCAUGACAAGUGCUACUUGGAGCUCACAUUCCACAAGAAGGACAAAGCUACAAUAUUUGAAUCCUAUCUGCCGCAUGUAAUUGCAGAGGCCAAAAUCAUGCAGCUGAAAAAGCGGCAACGGAAGAUUUACACCAAUAUAUGUGCUAACUCGCAAUCUCACCCUUCGGCCAGAAACCCCGGUUGGAAUGCGGUGGUUUUCGAGCACCCUGCGACGUUCGAAACCCUGGCUCUUGAUCCCGAGCUAAAAGAUGACAUAAUCCAGGAUCUCACUAACUUUUCUCAGAGGGAAAAGUAUUAUAAGGACGUCGGCCGUGCGUGGAAACGGGGGUAUUUGCUCUACGGCCCUCCCGGCACCGGAAAAUCGAGUAUGAUCGCUGCUAUUUCGAAUUUUCUGGAGUAUGACAUUUAUGAUCUGGAGUUAACCGAGGUUAAGAGCAACACUGAGCUCAGGACUCUUUUGAUUGGGACCACGAAUAAGUCUGUUAUUGUGAUUGAGGACAUCGAUUGCUCGCUGGAUUUGUCCGGCCGGAGAAAGAAGGCGAAGAAAGAGAGCAGAGAAAUGCAAAUCCCGGGGACAGAUCAGAGCAGCAGCGACAAUAGCAAGGUGACUUUGUCAGGGGUUUUGAAUUUUACAGACGGUCUGUGGUCGUGCUGCGGCAGCGAGAGGGUUAUUAUUUUCACGACGAAUCAUGUCGAUAGGCUGGACCCUGCGCUUCUUCGAUCGGGGCGCAUGGAUAAGCAUAUCCAUUUGUCUUUCUGCAGUUUUCCUGCGUUUAAAAUUCUUGCUAGAAAUUAUCUUGGGGUUGAAGAUCAUCCUCUGUUUGAAGAAAUUGAGGUUUUGAUGAAGGAAGUGGAGAUUUCGCCGGCAGAUGUGAGUGAGGAAUUGAUGAGGGUGAGUAACAAUCCCACCGCCGCUCUUGAAAAGCUGAUUGAGGCUCUGCGCCAGGCUGUGGAAAAGGCUGCCGUAAAAAAUGAGAUUUUGGUAGAGAAUGAAAGUGCAGAAGACAAUUUAGUUGCAGAGGAGUCUCCUCAUGGUGAAGAAUAGGACUAUUUCUAGAUAGUAAUAUGCUUGGCCUCAAUGUCGUAUAUGUUUGUCUGUUAAUAUAGUUCUACUCUCUGCUUCGUUAUUCUCGUCCAAUAAGGAAAACUCCCCCAAUGAAAAAUAAUUUGUAAUUUGUUUUCAAGAUAUUUAAGGAUGUUCUCAAGGUA